CGGAGUCGCAAAUUCAAACUUGAGCGGGAUGUGUUGGUAGGAAACGGCUGUGUGAUUGGGGAUUGAUCCUGAAUCCGUGAAACGCAGGAUCCGGGUUCUCAUGCGGUGUAGGCGAAGCGUAAGAAUAACAGGAACAUGGCGACUUCAAUGAUGAAUCUACGCAACCUUUUUGAGCAGUUAAUGCGUCAAGUGGAUGGGUUAAAUGAAGGAAUAGAGCCUCAGUUUAUGCAAUUGGCUAAGAACUUUGAAGAUUUCCGAAGGAAAUGGCAAAAAAUGGAUCACGAGUUGGGAAAAAGCAAAGAAAUGCUCAUGAAGGCUGAGACUGAGCGUAGUGCGCUAGAGGUGAAGUUAAAACAUGCUCGUAAUCAAGUGGAUGUGGAGAUAAAGAGAAGACAACGGGCAGAGGCAGACUGCGAGAAACUAGAACGACAGAUUCAGCUGAUACGGGAGCUUCUGAUGUGUGAUACAUCUGGUAGCAUUCAGCUAAGUGAGCAGCAGAAAAAUGCUUUAGCUUUUCUUAAUAACCGGACUAACUUAUCCAAUGACUGCAAUGGGACUAGAAGAUUGUCUACAAUUGAUGAAUCUGCAUCUAUCCUCUCAGAUAUCAGCUUCGACAAGACUGAAGACUCCUUGGAUUGGGAUUCCUCUCUUGUACGAAAUGUGAGGCUAAGGAAGAGAGAGAAACGGCGAUCAUCCAGACAUCAUACUGAAGGACCUCCAGUUCCAUCAAAAAGAAACCGCUCUUUUGGACUUGUGGUUGAUCAGGACAAUGCUCCAUCACACGCGUCCAAGUACUCCACAGCGUGGCUGGCAAGAAAGGGUAUAAAAGAAGAAAAUCUAAUGACAUGGCCGCCUUGUUCACCUGAUCUGAACCCCAUUGAGAACCCGUGGUCCAUCAUCAAAUGUGAGAUUUACAAGGAGGGAAAACAGUACACCUCUCUGAACAGUGGCUCAAUUGCUGACUUUGUUCCUUUAACUUCCCCAAUGAUUCCUUCUAUUGUGGUUCACUGUGUUAGUGAAAUUGAGCAAAGAGGGCUACAUGAGACUGGCUUGUAUAGAAUUUCAGGCUGUGAUCGUACAGUGAAAGACCUUAAAGAAAAAUUCCUGCGUGGAAAGAGUGUGCCGUUGCUUAGUAAAGUUGACGACAUCCAUGCUGUUUGUGGAUUCCUCAAAGACUUUUUGAGGAAUCUGAAGGAGCCACUUCUCACUUCCCGCUUGAACAAAACUUUCAUGGCAGCAGCUGAAAUACCUGAUGACGAUAACAGUAUUGCUGCAAUUUACCAAGCUGUCGAUGAACUUCCAGCAGCCAAUAGAGACACUUUAGCUUAUUUGAUGAUACACCUACAAAGAGUGGCUCAGAGCCCAGACUGUAGGAUGGAUGUGACCAACCUUGCCAAGGUGUUUGGCCCAACACUUGUGGGACAUGCGGUGCCUGAUCCAGAUCCCAUGACUAUCCUGCAGGAUACACGACGUCAACCAAAAGUGGUAGAGCGUCUUAUGUCAUUACCAGCAGAAUACUGGAGCCAAUUCAUGAUGGUGGAAAAUAUGGAUCCUUCACAUAUAAUCUCAAAUGCAAAUGUCUUUAACACUCCUCAGACUCCUGAUAUGAAAGUCAGCAUGUUGGGACCUCUAACAACUCCUGAACACCAGAUCACAAAAACACCUUCCACAAGUUCACUAUCCCAAAAGAUGAAAUCUACACUUGGGAAGAGCACACCGAAGUUUGGAAGCAAAAGUAAAUCUGCAACCAGUAUUACAAGACAAGGCAACUUUUUUGCAUCUCCUCUUUUGAAAUAAUGACGGGCUUGCACAAGUCUCUAGUGCCUUCAUUUUAUGCUUUUUAUUAUUAUUUUUUUUUAUUUUUUUUUUAAAUACUGUAAAAACUGUAAUAUACUGUAUUUGGCAAUAUUCCUAUUGAAAACUGAAGUUUUUAUUUUCUUGCAUGUUUGUUUUUAAACGUUAAACUUCCAAUGCUGGAAAAAUGUAAUUUUAGAAGGGAGAAAAAAAAUUGUUUUGGUUUUGUAACUUGCUGCUUUAAAUAAUCAUUGUAACUUGGAUGCUGAAAAUUAUAUUCAAACAUGAUUAUUUUAUUUUUGUUUUAUAAGAAUGUGUGCAACAGCUGGUGUGUCUUUAAACACAUUUUACAUAUUAUAAAUAGUCAUGCUUUCCAUAUACAGUCAGUAAACAAUAGGAUUUGUCGUUUUUUUUUUUUUUUUUUUUUUUUUUUUUUUUUAUAGAUUUUAGAUGUAUUUUAUAUGGAAUAAUGCACUUUGUAAAUACAUCACUGAUAAAUUAUCCUUCAAAAACAAACUUUCUUUCUUUUUGUUUAAAACAAAACCAAAAACCUGGAUUCGUGUUGUGGAACUGGUAUGUACAUUUUAAUGUCUGGGGAAAAAAACAAACAAAGGUUGGAGUCUCCUCAUACUUCUAAAUUAUAAGAUUAAUUGAUGACAUGAAUAGCCAAGAACAUCUAAUUCUGUUACAGUAGAAAAGCAAAAAUUAUAAAGUGCUCUAAGAAGCUCCACAUCAACCAGCAUGCCUAAGAAAAAAUAAGAAAUAGAUAAUAAUUUGACUUUAUAAA